CCGCAGAAUGAGGCUGUCAGCUUGGUAGACGGCGGACGGUGAUGGCCGCGGAGCCAGCGAGGCAGUGGACCGAGGAGCAGUUGCGGAGCGAGGAUGUGGCUAAGAAGGACAUCAUCGUGUUUCUGCAGCAGAGCGCCUCGGAGCCGUUUCUAGGCGAACAUAAGUUAAUGGGAAAUAUCAAGAAUGUUGCCAAGACUGCAAAGAAGGAGCAGCUAAUAACUGCCUACAAUCAUCUUUUUGAAACUAAGCGAUUUAAAGGCACUGAAUGUGCAGAGAAAGUCACCCAGCAGCUUAAAGAUGUGAAGGUCGGGGCUGCUCAGGACAAAGCAAAGGGGAAAAAAACUGAAGUGACCGCAAGUGAGGAACCACCAAAGUAUACCAAAACCAUGUUGCAAAAAGGUGACAAAAUCAACUUUCCCAAGAAGGGUGACACUGUCCACUGUUGGUAUACUGGAAUGUUAGAAGAUGGGACCGUGUUUGACUCAAAUGUUGCUUCUGGCUCAAAAAAGAAAAAGGCAACAAAGCCUUUGAGCUUUAAAGUAGGAGUUGGAAAAGUUAUCCGAGGAUGGGAUGAAGCACUCCUGACCAUGAGUAAAGGAGAAAAGGCCCGGCUACAGAUUGAAUCUGAUUGGGGAUAUGGUAAGAAAGGGCAACCAGAUGCCAAGAUUCCACCAAAUGCUAAACUCAUUUUUGAAGUUGAGCUCGUAGAUAUUGAAUAACUCCAAAUACAACGUCUUCAAGGUCAUGCUUCAGAAUAUUAAACAGUCCAAUGUUGCUCAAAAAGAUCUCCGUAAAACAAGAUCAUUGAAUGCUAAAAUAUGCAUCUUCUGGACAAAAUUGUGAAUUUGUACAAAGCCUUACUGAAUUUCAAAUGUUAUAUAUGAUUACAUACCACGCUAUUGGUGAAAUGUAACUGGUAAUCAUUUUGAUUCAUUUAAAUUCUUUUACUGCAGACCAUAGUAAUGCUUGGGACAAGAUGAAAAUUGCCAAAACAAAAUAAAGCUGUUUUGGGGCCACUGCAGAUAUUCUAACCUGUGAAU